AUGGAUAUACGUUUAUUUCUACAAUUACCUGUUGAUAUUCGUUGCUUAGUCUAUUUCCAACUAGAUGGAGAAUUCACUCUGGCCGGGCCGCAAUGCAUAGAGAAGUUGUAUGCAGCAGAAACUGUUCAGGUGCUUACUGGGCUAUACAAAAGGACCAAAUACCAAAAACUAAUUCACAAAGAGCUUUACCACUGGUUUUCUCAAUACCUCGACAUUUUUGAGUACUCCCCUGCAUUAAUUGAUAAAUGGUUAGAGUAUUCGCUGUGGCUAAGAUAUGAUGGUAUUGUACUAGACAGUCUACGGUUGAAUCACGUUUACGGCGGGGAACUGCUAGGACAAAUCGAUUGCGUUGAAUUGGGCAACAAGCUACGACUGGCAUACUUCAAAGAUAGUAUGAUUCAAUUAUGGUACACGUAUCGCGAAUAUGUACGAUGGAUUGCCAAUAUAGGGACCGAGAUGGAUAUAGAUUAUGUGAGGGUCAAUUUAGAGAAUUAUACAUCCGCAAAACUAGACACGCUACUGCAUGAUUUAAAGCAAAAUGAAAUGCUUCCCUUUAUCAACUGCAUCUUGCUGGAGGAUGAGAAAGAAGAUGAUUUGAGCAUGAAGUAUCAUCAGGAUCUAGACGAAGAUUCACCCUACCAACUGACAGAUGUUAGUGUCAUCAGUAUAAUAAAAAAUAUGGAAUCUAUGAAGAACCUUAUUGAGAUUGGAGUGAGAGGAUAUCAUUUAUAUGAGACUUUGAUUAAUAUGCAUGGGGUCAGAGACAAUCCAGGAAAGACAAUAAAUUAUAUUGUUAGAAGCAGAAUUAAAAAAAUAAACUUGACACAAAUUCCAAAGUUAGGGUUAUGUGACUUGACUCGUUGGGAAAAUUUAAGAGAAUUGACUUUAAUCAAUGUGCAGGAGAUCAAUUUAAAUAUGCUUGUUAUACCGAGCAAAUGUCAGGUAUUGAACGUCAGAAAAGUCAAUACGCUGAAUUGGUGGCUGCUUCUAGAUGCCAUUGAAGCUAGAAUUCAAGAGAAUCAUUUUCAAAAAUGGAAAAAUGACUCUCCUUAUGGUUACACAACCUUAAAGAGAAUAAAUAAUAGUUCGAUUGAUGAUCUAGAUAAAAUUGAAGAAUGCAAAACAUUAGUCUUCAAUGCUUUGGGGUCAUUAAACCUAAUUAGAAUACAGGAUGUACAGCAGAUAAAAGGAAACAAAAUCGUUGUCCCAAGUAAUCUUUAUGACAAUAAAAGGAUAUUGCUACAUGGAACAACUAUGCGGACUGUAAAAGAAAUCAUAGUUGUUUGA